AAUAUUCCUGCCGAUCUUGGUUUUUCUGGCCAUUAUAUUUAUAGUGAAUAGGCGUAAACAGAAAAGAAAGAAAAAAGCCUCUACUGACAGAGAAGAAAAAGACUCGUUAUUAAAAGAUUCAACAAUAGAAAACAGUAAAAGAGAAACCAGGAAUGAAGCAUCAUUUGUUAAACCGGGGUUCUAUGGAAAUGCAUUAAAAACAUUGAAGGAAGACGGGUUUAUAAUUAUUGUUGGUGGGUCAGGAAGCGGAAAAACAACGUUGGCAAACUACAUAGCGAAGACAGAAUUCAAGGAUAAUUGUGUACAUCACAUGAAACCAAAACAAACAGAAUUACCAGAAUUGUCGAUUAACAAAGGUGAAGUAGUUUUGUGGGAUGAUUGCUUUGGAAUAUGGAAUAUUUGUGAUUUAGAAGAAAAAAUGAAAGUCGGAGUGAGGAAUACUAUUUUAGAUUUAAUUGAUAGAUGUAAAAACAAAGAAAAUUACGCCAUUAUAUGUAUAGAUUCCUUUUUUGAUGAAUCAGGUAUGUUUGAUCAGUUAGGUAAGACUGUUAUUAGUCUUACCGAGAAUUACGACUCAUUUUAUGAGAGAGAAAAAGUAUGCAGAUCAUUUGACAAAAAGAUAUACGUGAAAGAAGUUUCUAAGGAAGUAGGAUUUCCUCUACUGAUUGCACUGAUUCUUGAACAUCAUUGCCCAAUCGAAAAAGCCGAAGAUUUUAUGAAAAAUCCAAUAGAAUAUUUACGUUCUAAUUUUAAUAAUCUUUAUAAAAACGGAAAGAAUCUGUAUGUGACGCUUGUUUACGUGUUAUGUAACAGUCCAUCUGUGAAUCUUAAAGAAAUAAGAUGGAGAAAGUGGAAAAAAUUAAGAGAAGAAUUUCAGAAAAGCAAGGAUGGUGAAAACAACAUCUCACAGCAGAGAAAGAGUAAUCAGGACUGUCAAGGAGAGGAAGAUGAUCUUCUGUCUGAUGAUUCUAUGAUCAUUUCAAGUAACCCAAAAGGUAUUGAGAUGAAUACAACUUUGGCAAAGUACUUGGUGAAAACUGAAGAUCCAAACGUUUAUGCAUUCCGCCACCAUUUUCUAGCACAUCUUUUCCUUUGUCAUCACGUGGAAAAGGUCGGAAAUCAAGGAAUUUUGGAAGUAGGCAACGACGAGAUUAGAUCGAUUGUAAAGAAAUUACAGCCUCCACUGUUCAAUUCGACUCCUGUUCAAUCUGGAAAAGUGUGAAGUCAAACUUGCUUAAAUGUGUCAAUUUCUUUUAAUUAUAAAAUAUUUUUUUCAGUAUUUGUUCACGUUUAAAGAAUUUUAUGCAUGUAUAUAUAUCUAACAUUACAUUAUUAAUAAAGAGUAUAUAUGUGUUAUAA